AUGACUUCUGUUGAAAAGAAACUGCCAAACGGCGACUCGGUAGUAGCGAAUCCUGCAACCAUCGCUCUACCUGCUACUAAUGGUACUGUUACAAAGUCUCCGCAAUUUAAAUCCAUUAGUCGUCCAUCGCCUUAUGAGGUUCUUCGCCGUAUGCUUCUCUUGUCCGAUGGGAGGGACAAAACAAUGAAAGUCGUGCAGUACUUUACAAAAAUAGUAUUUUGGCUCUAUCUAUCAGACAAUAAAUCCAAAUAUCCAACAUUACACGCAAGAGGCUCAGCAUUAACAUCUCAAUUCUCGACUACCAGAAAAAUUAUUCGUCUAUUCCACUUUCUUGAACCCUAUACUGAUUUUCGAGAAUAUGUUAUUGGGGCUCGUUUUUUGAAUCCCAAGUCCCCUCCUUACGGGAAAGUAGCUCAUUACUUGGGAUUUGUAAAUUCCGUUGCUGGAAUGGGGAACGAUAUACUUGAUGAUUUGUAUUGUUUGGGAAAGAUUGGAAUAUUAAGUAAAGAGACCGCUCGAAGGGUAGAGCCGAUAGCUAUUGCUGUGUGGUUUGUUACCAUUUGGUUGGAUAUCCACGAGUUAUUGUGGAAUGUGUGGCAGUUGAAGAAAAAGAUGGCGCGGGCGAAAGGAAGAUGUUCGGAAGAAGAAUGUAAGAAGAUGGAAGAGAAGAUGUUUUGGUUGAAGCAUGGGUUGCUUAAGAUGCUGGCUGAUCUCAGUUUUUGUGGAUAUGAUUUCUUUGAGUGUACAUUUUCCGAAGGAUUUCAGACAAUUACCGGGUUCGCUUCUGGUGCCUUGAGUAUGUGUUACUGCUUGUAG